AUGCCAGCCAUCCUGGUGGCCUCAAAGAUGAAGUCAGGACUCCCCAAACCCAAACCGGUGCACAGCGCCCUGCCCAUCCCCCAGACCCCCAGCAGGCCGUCAGCUCUAGCUCUGCCUCCGGCGCCGCUCAAGACCCACAUCCCCUCUCUGGGCCAGCAGGCGGGCCCAAGACCCCCGAGAGGCAACGCAGCAGAGUCAGAAGUUGUCGGAAACACUCAGUUGUCUGUAUUGAGGCGAGCCAGCAUGUCGGGGUACGGCAGCCUCAGGGUGCCGGUCAGGAGCUACAGCCGCUACUCCUGCGAAAACUUCAAACUGAUUUACACGGACUGGGCCAACCACUACCUUGCCAAGUCAGGACACAAGCGUCUGAUCAAGGACCUGCAAACAGACGUCACAGAUGGAGUGCUGCUGGCGGAGAUCAUACAGGUCGUAGCCAACGAGAAGAUUGACGAUAUCAAUGGCUGUCCCAAGAGCCGUUCUCAGAUGAUUGAGAACAUAGAUGCCUGCCUCAGUUUCCUGGCAGCCAAAGGAGUCAACAUCCAGGGUCUGUCUGCAGAAGAGAUUCGGAAUGGCAAUCUGAAAGCCAUCCUCGGCCUCUUCUUCAGCUUGUCCCGCUACAAACAGCAGCAGCAGCAGGCCCAGCGGCAGAACUCCCAGCCGGCCCUCCCGCCCACGGCCCAGUCCCAGAGCGCUCACCCUCCUCUGAGCCAGCAGAGCAGCGCCCCGGCCCAGCUCGGCCUCCCUCCGCAUGGGACUCAGGCCCUCCCAGCCCAGAAAGCAGCACAGGCCGAGAUGCAGUCCAGGGAUGGGUGUCAGAGUAAACUACUCAAGUUUUCCCUUGGUCAGAAAAAGACCUCUAGACUUCCUGGCCCCACGACGAGGGUGUCCACUGCCGGCGGUGACAUCCCUCCACGAGGCUCGGUCAGUGCUGCUGGGAACAGACGCAGUCAGGGCUUCAGUGACAAGACCAAAGCCAACUCGCACCUGAACAAAGGUAGGCCUCAUGCACACGCGCUGGCACACUCAG